AUGAGCAGCCUCAAGCGCUCCUUGGACGAGUCCUCUCAUGAUGGGGAUAGGCCCUCGCCUUCGGGUUCGUCCGUUUCGACUGUGAAGCCCGCCUCGCCCGUUGCGCCUUCAGCCUCGAGCUCGUUCCGCAACGUGAGCGCAUGCAACCGCUGCCGCCUGCGCAAGAAUAGAUGCGACCAGCGCCUGCCCUCGUGCGCCUCCUGCGACAAGGCCGGCGUCAAGUGCGUGGGCUAUGAUCCCAUCACCAAGCGAGAGAUUCCGCGCAGCUAUGUCUACUACCUCGAAACCCGCGUCGCAUACCUCGAGACACUGCUGCAGAAACAUCAUGUCGCAUUCCAAGAGGCUGAGGACUUCAACCCAGCCUUUACAUCCAAUGGCGCAGUCACUCCCAGGCCCAUCAUCACCGCCGCCCCGCCGCCGCCUCGCAAUGGCACCACCAAGCCCACCACGGCGCAAGCACGAGAGGAAAGCGACAAGUACGACCGGGAGAAACUGACCAAGCUAGUGUCCAACAUUGGCAUGGUCUCGGUGCAAGGCGCCAGUGACCCGCGAUAUCUGGGCUCCACUUCCGGCAUCUCGUUUGCAAGAGUAGUUUUUGCCGCUGUGAAGAGCUCGGUAUCAGGCUCCUCCUCUGAGCGCGGGAGCAACAGGGGCGCCAAGGUGACGAGCAGCGUCGUGGACAGUGGCACCUCAAUGCGGGACUCGUUCUUUGGACUACAGACCAAACCCACCAUACGCCAGGCGCCCUUCCCAGACCGAGAGCUCGGCGCACGUCUCGUUGAGCUCUACUUUGAGCAUGCGAACCCACAGAUACCCAUCCUGCACCGGGGCGAGUUCAUGGACAUGUUUCAGCGCGUGUACGCUUCCGGAGAACGGCACCGUACCUCACGCGAGUCGUAUAUGCUCAACAUUGUCUUUGCCAUUGGCGCCGGCAUCAUCUUGGGUAGUUCCGACUCAGAGGGCUCCCCGGUGUCAGACCACGGCCGCUCACCAAACAAGUCACGCUCAUCACCCCCAAGCAAUAAAAAGCGGAGACUUGCAGGCCAUCAGCACCAACCCGAGGAGUACCACGCCUCGGCAAUCGUUCAUCUGGAAAACUUUCUAGGAUCCUCUCCCGCUGCGGACCGUCCCGACGGCUUCGGCGGUGGUCUUGAGGAACUGCAAGCUGUGCUACUACUCGCUGGCUUUGCCCUGUUGAGACCCGUCGCACCCGGCCUGUGGUACAUUGUGGGUGUUGCCGUUCGUCUCGGCGUAGAUCUAGGCUUGCAUUACGAGGAUGGUGUGGGUAUCGACGGGGCCGGCGCGGAAGACCACACUGCUGGGAAUGCUGCAUUCAAGACCGAAGGGGACGGGAAUACAACGGCUACCGGCAGCGCAAAUCCAUCCAAAAUCGACGCCAAAGAAAGGGGUCGUAGACAGUGGGUCAGAGAUCUGCGCCGACGGCUAUGGUGGUGUGUCUACUCUUUGGACAGACUUGUGAGCACAUGUGUCGGAAGACCUUUCGGCAUCACUGACCAAAUCGUGACUACUGAAUUCCCCUCACUGCUGGAUGAUCGCUACAUUACAAAGGAGGGCUUUUUGGAACCACCCGCACACCAUGAAAAACCAACGUACAAGCUCGUAGCUCACCACUAUUUCCGACUGAGACUACUGCAGAGUGAAAUUCUCCAAGUCUUACAGCAUCGGCAAGCACAACAGGCAAGAGCAAGUGGUGCCAACCAAGCCAAUGAAUUCAUGCACACCAAGCUGCCCUCCCCCUUCCUCGCCAAUUUUGACUCGUUCCGCGCCUGGCGCAUCGAUAUUGAUAGACGGUUGCUGGAAUGGAAGGAUUCGGCGCCAACACAGCUUGAGGCCGGCGUGCAGUUCUCACCACUUUUCUUAGAGCUGAAUUACUGGCAGGCCAUCAUCAUGCUGUAUCGGCAGAGCCUAGUCGUUCCUUCCGGUUUGCAGGACGAACUUGGCAAUGCUGGCUCGGACAUGGGCAGCCCUUCAAUGGCCAAUCCAGAGGAGCGGGACGAUGAGGAUUUGGUCUUCCUCAAGGUAGCUGAAGCGGGUCAGAAGGUUCUGAAGUUAUACCGGCAGUUGCAUCGGGUCCACCUUGUUAAUUACACAUUCCUCGCAACCCAUCACCUGUUCAUGGCCGGUAUAUCCUUCCUCUAUGCCGUGUGGCACAGUGUUCAUGUGCGCAGCUUACUGUCCCUUGACGAUGUCGACUUUACAGUCCUUGCCGCCACAUCUGUAUUAGGCGAUUUGAUUGACAAUUGCCCGCCUGCGGAAGCAUGCCGCGAUGCAUUCGAUCGGAUGAGCAAAGCCACCAUUCAGAUGUGCAUGUCGACGACGGGUUUCGGAGCCCAGGCUCUGCGCGCAUUGCCGCAACCUCAACAAUAUCACACGCAAACGUCACCGAGCGCCGCAUAUACCUCUUCUACUUCGGAUGCUGAUGCAAGGCCGGAUACCGAAAUGCAAGGGUACGGGACCGGCAACACGGCCAAUUUCUUCGGCCAACAGCAACCGCAACAGCAGCAGCAGCGUCGUCGUCCCGUGCCACGUUUCGACAUGAACCUCAAGGACCUCUUCUCAGAUGACGAAACGGACAAACGGUCCUUCAGCCGCGUAAGCAACCAAGUAAACGCAAUGAGACCCCCUCCCACACCCAUGAAGUCGGAAACUCAACAACAACAACAACAACAACAACAACAACAACCACAGCCUUUUACCGCUGAUCUCAAAAUCUCCCCUCAAAUCCGUUCUCACCACCAACCAAACUACUUCACUGCUGCAAGUCCAAACAUGCCUAGCCCCAACAGUCAAACCACCACUUUUAGCAGCAGCAAUGGAGCAGCAGCGGGGACACCAACAUCACCCUACCAAAUCCCCAACAACAACACCCAAAGCCCCUAUACCACUAAUUUCACCCAAAAUAUCAAUAGCACUUACCCCGACAUAGGCGGUUUCUCAGAUCUAGAUUUCCUCGACAGCAGUUUCCCCGUGCAUGGUAGCGGUGGUGCAAACAGUGGUGGUGGGGGCGCGGACACGGCGCCGGGUGGCUUGCAGGACGUGGGUAUUGGGUUUGGCAUGGGGUUUGGUGAUGGCACGCAUGAUUGGAGUGAUGGGAAUGGUUUUGAUCUUUUUGAUGGGUUUUUCUUUGGGCCCGGUGGGACGGGCAUGUGA